AGUGGACCAUUUUGUUUUUUUCUAUCUGGAAAAAAUCUCAGACGAUAAAGUACAAAUCGACGACGGCGAUGAUCUGAGGUUCCCCUGAAUUUCACUUGAUUCCCUCUUUAUUUUCCGGGAAAAUCAAAUUUAUUUUUCUCUCCCCCAUACUACAUUGCCCUGCCUACGAGUGAGAAUAUUACGUGUUAAGCUUCUCGGAAACUCAACUUCCGUUGACGGAAGGAGCCAGAAGCAAGCAAGCUUAGAUUCGAUCGGGAUUAAAAAUUAUAGUUUUUAUAUUUUUUUCAAGGGUAACGAUCCCUAAUCGAUCUUUAAUUGGAUCCCUGGUCACACAGAUCCUUCACCGUCUAGUGAAGCUACUUUAGAGAUCGACGGCGUAGUUUCUAUCUAAUGGAUCCGACUUCUCGACCUGCUGUUGUCAUCGACAAUGGAACUGGGUAUACUAAAAUGGGAUUUGCUGGUAAUGUAGAGCCAUGUUUUAUUCUACCAACAGUAGUUGCAGUUAACGAGUCUUUUUUAAACCAAUCCAAGAGUUCUUCUAAGGCAACUUGGCAAACACAGCACAACGCUGGAGUUGCUGCGGAUCUCGAUUUCUAUAUCGGAGAUGAAGCCCUUGCGAAAUCUCGGUCUAGUAGUACUCAUAACCUUCAUUAUCCUAUUGAGCAUGGUCAAGUUGAGGAUUGGGAUGCUAUGGAAAGAUAUUGGCAACAGUGUAUAUUCAAUUAUUUGAGAUGUGAUCCUGAGGAUCAUUAUUUUCUUCUUACUGAGAGUCCUCUUACUCCUCCUGAAAGUAGAGAAUACACUGGAGAGAUUUUGUUUGAGACUUUUAAUGUUCCCGGGCUUUACAUUGCUGUUAAUUCAGUUCUUGCUCUUGCUGCUGGGUACACUACGUCAAAGUGUGAGAUGACAGGGGUUGUAGUAGAUGUUGGAGAUGGGGCAACUCAUGUUGUACCUGUUGCAGAAGGUUAUGUUAUCGGAAGCUGUAUCAAGUCAAUUCCAAUUGCUGGCAAAGAUGUCACCUUAUUUAUUCAGCAACUCAUGCGGGAAAGAGGUGAGAAUAUACCGCCAGAAGAUUCAUUCAAUGUAGCCCGUAAAGUGAAGGAAAUGUACUGCUACACUUGCUCAGACAUUGUAAAGGAGUUUAAUAAACAUGACAAAGAACCAGCAAAGUAUAUCAAACAAUGGAAAGGUGUUAAGCCAAAGACUGGUGCACCAUACACUUGUGAUGUGGGAUAUGAACGAUUCCUUGGACCCGAGGUCUUCUUUAAUCCAGAGAUAUACAGCAAUGACUUCACAACUGCGUUACCAGCUGUUAUAGACAAAUGUAUUCAGUCUGCACCAAUUGACACACGCAGAGCUCUAUAUAAGAAUAUAGUGUUGUCCGGAGGUUCAACCAUGUUCAAAGAUUUCGGAAGAAGGUUACAAAGGGAUCUUAAGAAGAUUGUUGAUGCUCGUGUUCUUGCCAACAAUGCUCGUACUGGUGGUGAAAUUACGUCUCAACCCGUGGAGGUUAAUGUGGUGAGCCAUCCUGUCCAGAGGUUUGCAGUUUGGUUUGGAGGUUCAGUGCUUUCAUCAACUCCAGAGUUUUUCGCGAGUUGCAGAACGAAAGAGGAGUAUGAGGAAUAUGGAGCAAGCAUAUGCCGUACAAAUCCGGUGUUCAAGGGAAUGUAUUGAAAGCAGCAGAUCCUUUGUGAAUGUUUGUUUGUCUGAAAUAUUCCAUUUUUUCAGUUACUUUUAGGUUCAUGAGUACGUACACACAGUGUAAGCUAGAAAGUCAAUAUUUUUCAGACAAAUAAAAGAAGAAAGUAUUUAGAA